CACCACAAGAUGUCGUUGUUUUUUGUUUAUUUCUGUGUCCGGGUUAUUAACGGUCGUAAUUGUACCAUUAUUUACAGUUUGAUACUGAACCGGUGAAACGCUGUUUGACUAUGUCGUUGUUUUUUGUUUAUUUCUGUGUCCGGGUUAACGGUCGUAAUUGUACCAUUAUUUACAGUUUGAUACUGAACCGGUGAAACGCUGUUUGACUAUGUCGUUGUUUUUUGUUUAUUUCUGUGUCCGGGUUAUUAACGGUCGUAAUUGUACCAUUAUUUACAGUGUGAUAAUGAACCGGUGAAACGCUGUUUGACUCGGCUGUCGUUUUUUGUUUAUUUCUGUGUCCGGGUUAUUAACGGUCGUAAUUGUACCAUUAUUUACAGUUUGAUACUGAACCGGUGAAACGCUGUUUGACUCGGCUGUCGUUUUUUGUUUAUUUCUGUGUCCGGGUUAUUAACGGUCGUAAUUGUACCAUUAUUUACAGUUUGAUACUGAACCGGUGAAACGCUGUUUGACUAUGUCGUUGUUUUUUGUUUAUUUCUGUGUCCGGGUUAUUAACGGUCGUCAUUGUACCAUUAUUUACAGUUUGAUACUGAACCGGUGAAACGCUGUUUGACUAUGUCGUUGUUUUUUGUUUAUUUCUGUGUCCGGGUUAUUAACGGUCGUAAUUGUACCAUUAUUUACAGUGUGAUAAUGAACCGGUGAAACGCUGUUUGACUCGGCUGUCGUUUUUUGUUUAUUUCUGUGUCCGGGUUAUUAACGGUCGUAAUUGUACCAUUAUUUACAGUUUGAUACUGAACCGGUGAAACGCUGUUUGACUCGGUUGUCGUUUUUUGUUUAUUUCUGUGUCCGGGUUAUUAACGGUCGUAAUUGUACCAUUAUUUACAGUUUGAUACUGAACCGGUGAAACGCUGUUUGACUCGGCUGUCGUUUUUUGUUUAUUUCUGUGUCCGGGUUAUUAACGGUCGUAAUUGUACCAUUAUUUACAGUUUGAUACUGAACCGGUGAAACGCUGUUUGACUCGGCUGUCGUUUUUUGUUUAUUUCUGUGUCCGGGUUAUUAACGGUCGUAAUUGUACCAUUAUUUACAGUUUGAUACUGAACCGGUGAAACGCUGUUUGACUCGGCUGUCGUUUUUUGUUUAUUUCUGUGUCCGGGUUAUUAACGGUCGUAAUUGUACCAUUAUUUACAGUUUGAUACUGAACCGGUGAAACGCUGUUUGACUCGGCUGUCGUUUUUUGUUUAUUUCUGUGUCCGGGUUAUUAACGGUCGUAAUUGUACCAUUAUUUACAGUUUGAUACUGAACCGGUGAAACGCUGUUUGACUCGGCUGUCGUUUUUUGUUUAUUUCUGUGUCCGGGUUAUUAACGGUCGUAAUUGUACCAUUAUUUACAGUUUGAUACUGAACCGGUGAAACGCUGUUUGACUCGGCUGUCGUUUUUUGUUUAUUUCUGUGUCCGGGUUAUUAACGGUCGUAAUUGUACCAUUAUUUACAGUUUGAUACUGAACCGGUGAAACGCUGUUUGACUCGGCUGUCGUUUUUUGUUUAUUUCUGUGUCCGGCUUAUUAAUUGUAUGAUGAUUUACGGGUCACACUGCAGACACACUCAAGUCCUGGUCACGCCAUGUGCACAACCAGUCUGUUUUCAGGUCAAAGGUCGCCCUGGCGGACGUUGACCCUUCAUUCUAUUUGUGCUGAGUGCUGUGGACGAGAGUCAGGCUUCAUCCUCAAGAACACACACAGGCUGAAGAAGCAGAGACAUCGCCAUGACGGCUGAGUAUCAUGAUGACACUGAAGACGACAGCAGCAACUUCUGGACCAAAGAGCCUCCUAUCUCUUUGUCCAGCAUGUCCAGGUUCAAACGCUGGCUGGUUCCUGUUGUCAUGGUUAUAGUCUUCCUGGUUCUGGUCCUUGCGCUGGGCAUCAGCAAUGCUAAGUCAUCAAACGGUCUGUGGGCGGUGCAGCAGCGCGUGUCCAACCUGAGCGACGUUGUCCAAUCACUGAGCGCCACAGCACAACUCACCAAAGACACAGCUAAAGAAGUGCACCGCCUGCAGUUUGCUGUGGAGAACAACAGAGACCAGCUGAGCUCAGUGCUGGAGGCGGUGAAGCAGCUGUCAGUACUAGACACACUGAAGAACACCGUGGCCACGCUCCAGUGCCACAUGGAACGCUUCAUGAGCAAUGGCUCACUGGUUGGCGGAUGUUGUCCUUUUGGUUGGCAUGUUUUCGAGUCCAGCUGUUAUUUCUUCAGCUCAGCUCGCCUGUCGUGGGAUGAAUCCAGAAACUGGUGCAGCGGACAGGAAGCUCACCUGGUCAUACUCAACACGGACCAGGAGUGGGACUUUGUCACUAGUCACACAGUUCCAGUGUUCUUCUGGAUCGGUCUGACUGAUGAGAGAACAGGGAAAUGGGAAUGGGUCAACCAGACACCAUACGACAUGGACCGCAGACGCUGGAUUCCCGGACAACCUGACGCCUGGACCGGUCACGGGUUUGGCCCUGGAGACGAGGACUGUGCUCAUUUGCAUGCUAACGGUCACCUUAACGACCUUCACUGCAGCACCAGGAUGCGCUUCAUCUGUCAGAAAGACAGCUUUGAGAGCUGAACAGCGCCACCUGUCUGCAACCAUCAUACACACAUUUACCGCCACAUUUAAUGUUGCACAACAU